AUGCACAAGCUGCUCUUCUUGUCAGCUGGCGUGCUGGCUCACGCAGCUCACGCGUAUGAUGUGCUUCAAUAUAUCAACCCCUUGAUCGGUAGCGCCAACGGAGGAAAUGUCUUCCCCGGCGCCUCACUGCCCUAUGGCAUGGCCAAGGCCGUGGCCGAUACAGACUCUGGUAGCAACCAGGGAGGCUUCGCCUACGAAGGUGGCAGCGUUACCGGUUUCUCCAGCAUGCACGACUCUGGCACUGGAGGAAAUCCCUCACUGGGAAACUUCCCUCUCUUUGCUCAUGCCAAUUGCGUCAGCGAUGAUGUGAAUGGUUGUGUUUACCCCAAGAACCAGCGGAAGAUUAAAUACAAGUCUGAAUCCGUCCAGGCGCAUCCAGGAUACUUUAACAUUGAGUUGGAAUCCGGUGUCCAGGUCGAUAUGACCACUGCUCACCAUACAUCUCUAUUCCGGUUCCACUUCCCAAAGGAUAGCAAGCCUUUGGUCCUUUUGGAUCUUACCGAUUUGUCCAACUCUCGACAGGAUAAUGCAACGAUCUCUGUGGACAAAGAGACAGGUCGUAUGUCGGGCGAUGCCCGAUUCGCGCCUAGCUUUGGGUCGGGAACGUAUACCUUGCACUUCUGUGCGGACUUCAAAAGCGCAACAGAACAGUGGGAGAACGGAAUCUUCGUCAAUUCGCGUGCCAGCUCUGACGUCCAUGAUCUGAAGAUCUCGCGAAGCAUCAAUGGCUAUCCGCUUCCAGGUGGUGGAUUUGUUCAUUUCAAGCAAGCAACGGACACAGUCUUAGCUCGGGUGGGCGUUAGUUUCAUGAGCACCGAACAGGCGUGUGCUCAUGCUGAGGCUGAAAUCCCCGAUUUCGACUUCAACUCAACUCAUCAAACAGCAGUCGAUCAAUGGACCGAGAAGAUGCAGCCAAUUCGAGUCUCUCGAACCAAUAUUAAUGACUCCGUGCUCACCAACUUCUACAGUGGAAUCUAUCGAACUAUGAUCAACCCCCAGAAUUAUACCGGGGAGAACCCGCUCUGGCAGAGCAGCGAGCCGUAUUUUGAUUCCUUCUAUUGCCUAUGGGACUCUUUCCGCUCUCAGAUCCCAUUCCUCACAAUCUUCGACCCAAGCUCGGUGAUCCAGAUGGUUCGCUCGCUCAUUGACACGCAGCGCCAUUUGGGCUGGCUGCCAGACUGUCGCAUGUCUCUCUGCAAAGGUUACACGCAGGGUGGCUCCAACGCUGAUAACAUCCUAGCAGAUGUCUAUCUGAAAGGUCUCCGGGAUGGUAUUGAUUGGGGCGCCGGAUAUGCAGCCGUUCAGAAGGACGCUGAAGAGGAACCGUAUGACUGGUCUAACGAAGGCCGCGGCGGCCUGCAAAGCUGGAAGAAUCUCCACUAUAUCCCCGUGGAAGACUUUGACUAUGAAGGGUUUGGCACGAUGACUCGAAGCAUCUCACGGACUCUGGAGUAUUCAUAUAAUGACUUUGCCAUUUCGCAAAUGGCCCAUGGUCUCAACAAGACAGCCGACGCUCAGCGGUAUGAGCAACGAUCUCGGAAUUGGCAAAAUCUGUUCAAGAAGGACCAGAAAUCAUCUUGGAAGGGCAACGACACCGGCUUCACGGGCUUCUUUCAGCCAAAGUACUUGAAUGGAACAUGGGGAUUCCAGGAUCCCCUCGCGUGUUCCAAUAUCGACAACAGUGGCGCUGCAUGCUCCCUGCAGAACACCGCUGGCGAGACAUUUGAGUCCAGCAUCUGGGAGUAUCAAUUUUUCGUCCCCCACGACAUGUCAACCCUCAUCACCCUCCUCGGCGGCCCGGACAACUUCGUCCGCCGCCUAGACCACCUUCACGACCAAAAUAUCACGUAUAUUGGUAACGAGCCGGCCUUCCUCACUGUCUUCCAAUACCACUAUGCAGGUCGCCCAGGAAAAUCCACUUCUCGAGUGCGCACCUACAUCCCAGACUACUUCUCACCCACGCCAGCGGGGCUUCCGGGCAAUGACGACAGCGGUGCAAUGGGCUCAUUCGUCGCCAUGGCCAUGAUGGGCCUAUUCCCAAAUCCUGGACAGGACGUCUAUCUUCUCACUGUGCCUUUCUUCGAGUCCGUCAGCAUCAUCUCGCCUAUCACAGGUAAGAACGCUACAUUGAGUGUUUCCAACUGGGCGGAAUACAAUACCGCAAAUGUCAGUGGUGCUGCAGUCGGUGGAGAUGGGUUCAUUCAGUCUGCAACCCUUAAUGGAAAGCCGUAUUCCCGAAACUGGGUCGGUCAUGAUUUCUUCACUGAGGGAGGGGAGCUGGUUCUUGUUCUUGGGAAAGAGGAAGGUGACUGGGGAACAAAGCCUGAAGACCUGCCGCCCUCUCUUUCCGGUGGCUCUUCUGGUGUUGACCAAGAAUCACUUGCGGUUCGUGAGCGCAGAUGGGAUAGCUUGGACGGGGAUAUUGAAGGUUUUGUUUCUAAGCGCUCCUUGCAUCUCGAUGGUCACGCCCGUAGGGCUCAUCUUGGUCAAGGCUAG